AACUCCUCCCUCUCCAGGCUUUUGCUUUGGCGUCAUGUUUUAUAACAGAGCCGUCAAGUUCGAACAGUAAAUAUUUUUAACCGAAUGUGACCUGUGACAGGUGUCCACAUAUAGAGCGUCUCUCAAUCAAGUUUGUGGAUUUACGCUUCCUUUCCGUGAGUUAUGUUUGUGAUAUAGGAAAAUAAUAUUUGACGAUAUUCAACUACUUAAAUUAAUCAAAAAUACAAACCAAAGGAAAAAUUGUUAAUGUAAAAUGGAACUUAUUAACUUGUUCUUAAAGCUGUAUUUCAUUUUAAGAUCUGAUUUACAGCUGAAUGGCUCUAAUGGUGACUACAGACGGGAAAGUACACAGUCAUUAGAUCAAAGGCAUCAUUAAAAGAGUUAGCUCACAACUCGGGCUGUAACACUUAAGCAGAAUAAAAAAUAGUGUUAAUUUGCAUAUUCACUCUUCCAUAUGCAUCAGACGGUAUGAGCCCAACAGGAACUGUUCCAUAUGUGUUUUGUUUAUAUAUAUUGACAGAUGCACAAAGCCUUAUAACAGUACAAAAUUUACGCAGUGCGAAACGGUGAACUUCAUGUUGAGUCACUUUUUAUUGUUUCACCAAAUACUCCUUGUUGCUUUAAAUUAUCCAGCAGCGAAAUAGUAGAUGAUUUCCAUAGAUAACAAUGUCACAUUGUUGCAUAAGGCUCUGCUACAAAUCCUUAAUUACAAAAAAGGGGAUCAGAUGACUAGAGCACCGAAUACCGGGGUCUCCAGGCGGCAUGGGGGUCUUUGAUCAAGAAAAUCCAAUUAUUUGUGUAUAUACAUUUCCCACAUAGUUAUUACUUCAUUAAUUGUCCCGCCUUUAUCUCCUCCCUUCCCAUCCCCCUAAUAAUCAGUUCUUUUAUCCAGACCAACAAACACACCAUAGGAGCUUUGUGGAUUCAAAGGAUUUGCUUUCCCUUCUCAAAGAGCCGCUAUUCUUUGAUGAUUGGGCAGCGGCAAACUUCAAAGUAAUAAAUCUUAUUUCUGACUGGCUGGCGGCCCACCAAAGUCCUUAUCAAAUUCUAAGAAGUGAUCCCUCACUCUUCAGAUAGUCCAAGGAUAUCUGGAGAAGAAGGAGCGCAGAAGGGAGAGAAGGGAGAGACGACUACAUGAAGACACUUUUGGUUAUUUUACAUUUCUCUGAAAUUGUUUAAGUCUUUUUUUUUGUUUUUUUUUUCAAAACAAAAAAAAAAGUUGGCCAUGGCAGCAGUAGCAGUACUGCGAAACGAUGCACUCCAGGCUUUUCUCCAGGAUCGUACUCCAAACUCCUCGCCGGAGACCAAGAAUUCUCCUCUAGCACUUCUAGCGGCCACUUGUAACAGGAUUGGACAUUACCACGGAUCAAAUCCAUCCGAUUUUCUGCAAGUCCCAUAUGAGACCACCCUCGGUUCUCCUUCGCGAAUUUUCCACCCUUGGAGUAACGAAGGAAACCCACAAUGUGCUUUAUCAACAAAUUCCUCUUUGGCGCUGUCCCCCAAAUCUCAGCUGUCUGCACACAUUCAGUCCUCCUUUAAUUCUCACCACGAACUCCCUCUGACCCCGCCAGCCGAGCCUUCAUAUCCGUACGACUUCUCCCCAGUGAAGAUGCUACCAAGUUCCAUGCAAUCAUUACAAUCCAGCUGCCCUCCCACGUACGUGCCCGCUGUUACAUACGCAACGACAGCAAUUGCGCCUACAAUGACAAGUUUUGUUCCUGGACACGCUGGCCUUAUCCAUCAGCAGCCGAGGCAGUUGUCACCAAAUCCAGUAGAGGACAUUCCGUGGUGGAGCCUUCAACAAGGAAAUCCCGUCAAUCAUCCGUCAUCACUUGCUUCGCAUAGGUUCCCUCUCCAGAGGAGCUUAGUCCUGGGUCAUUCGGAAUUUGCCCAAUAUCAGACUCAAAUAGCUGCCCUCCUUCACACGAAGUCUCCCCUUGCCACUGCCCGGAGGUGUCGGAGAUGUAGGUGUCCGAAUUGCCAAUCUUCCAGCUCCAAUGACGAGCCAGGAAAAAAGAAGCAACACGUCUGUCAUAUUCCCGGGUGUGGGAAAGUUUAUGGAAAAACUUCCCAUCUCAAAGCACAUUUAAGGUGGCAUUCAGGGGAGAGACCGUUCGUAUGUAACUGGCUGUUUUGUGGCAAGAGCUUCACUCGGUCCGACGAACUCCAGAGGCACCUUAGGACACAUACAGGAGAAAAGCGUUUUGUUUGCCCGGAGUGUUGCAAAAGGUUCAUGAGGAGUGAUCAUCUGGCCAAACAUGUCAAAACGCAUCAGAACAAAAAGAGCAAACCGCACGAGAAGACUGUAGAUCACGUCAAGAGAGAAGACAUGAGAAACAUUUAGUCGACAAAACAACCCUUACCGAAACGGUCUUGUUAGUGAAUAGACUAUUGUCUAUAUUUCUAAUAACAAUGUUAACAAAGUGCAAAAUUGGAAUAUGACUUUUUUUGGAAGAUCGUUCCCAAUAGCUGAACAAAAUCGCUCAUUCCAAUGACUGUCCGGAAUGGACGGUGUUGCUUUUGUAAAGUGUAAAUACGAUUUCAAAUGUCAAUCUUUGUUCGCCUACCAGAGCUUUUCAAAAGUUUAAUGUUUCAUCAGCUGAUCUCCCAUGUAGCUAUGUAUUAUGUCCAGUAAAACAAGUUUUAGAACUUGUUUUUCGAUCAUUGUCUUCGGUCGAAGAUUAACGUUUUUGUAAAUGUUAUUUAAAAGCUUUUGUUGAAUGAAAGUGUCCGAAACGUUUUCGCUCCAUGCGGGGUAUCUUAGCAUGCUUUUGAAAAUAAGUUAUGUUGAAAUGAUCCAAAUACUUGUGUGAAAAAUAAAGAAUUCAUGAAUUCA